GAUUAUUAUUUUACAAGAUAGCAAAAGAAAAAGAAAAAAUGCGUUUGGAAACAGAUCAUGAUAUUUUGUUAACAUCUCAAGAAGGCAGCCUUGAGCACCAUAGCCUUCCAGCACCAAAGCAUAGAGAUAUUGGGACACAACCACGAUUUGCAAUGGCUUAUGAUAUAAGCACUAUUAAACAUGGCUGGUAUGGAACUAUGAUGAAUGGUCUUGGUAGCAUCGUUGGAACUCUGGGAGCCAUCCCAUGUUGUUUCUGCUGUAUAAACCCGUACAAGCCAGUUGAUCAAGGUACUGUUGGAUUGGUCACACGUUUCGGUAAAUUUUAUAAAUGUGUUGAUCCCGGUCUUGUCAAGAUCAACCCUUUGACAGAAAAUGUGCAUCAUGUUGAUGUAAAGAUGCAAAUUCUUGAAAUACCUGAGCAAGUCAUUAUGACCAAGGAUAAUGUAAAUAUCAAGAUCGACAGUGUUGUUUAUUUUCAUAUUGUGGAUCCAUACCAAGCUGAGUUUGGUGUGAGUAAUGUGAGAAAAGCACUCGUGGAAAGAACCCAAACAACUUUACGGCAUGUUCUUGGUGCCAAGAUAAUGCAAGAUUGUAUCGAGAAUCGUGAGUCUGUUGCUCAUGAAGUUCAAAUAUUGACUUCUCGUAUUGCAGCUCAGUGGGGAGUCAAAAUCGAGUCUAUGUUAAUUAAGGAUCUUCAGUUCUCUAAAGAGCUUCAAGAGUCUCUUUCUGCAGCUGCUCAGGCUAGACGUAUUGGUGAAUCCAGGAUCAUUUCUGCGAAAGCUGAGGUUGAUUCCGCAAAACUCAUGCGUGAGGCCGCUGAUAUUCUAGAUACGCCUUCCGCUAUGCAAAUUCGAUACCUAGAGACCAUGACCUCUCUCUCAAAGGCACCGCACACCCGUAUUGUUUACCUGCCUCCGGGAUCAAUGGAUGCUAACAACGGUCAUAUGUCUGGCGCAAUUAAGGUUGCUGCUAUCGAUGCAUUGUCUGAUUAAAACAUAUAUUUUUGGAGUUUUUGUUUAUCCAUAGCAGAUAUUUUAGUAUUAUAUAAAUAUAAUAUAUUAUAUUAUGUAUUUUUGUCAAU